AUGAAUAUACAUGAACAUAUUUAGGGUGAAGUAUCGCUUCAUCCAUUAUCGACUUAGAUCCGGCUUAGAUAAGAACUCCGCAUUCUCGUUGUAAUUCAGGAUGGAAGAACAGGUUGAGCGACUGGUUGAAAAGACUUGGGACAAGUUCCAGGACCUCCCCAAUUCUAAGCGUAUCUUAGUUGCUGUCUCAGGCAUCCCCGGUUCGGGCAAAACCACACUCGCUGCAAUCGUAGCUAAUCGUCUGAACGAGAAACAUGCACAAGCAUCUCCAGGAACCCACAAUAGUUGCCCCCUCGCCGCUUUCGUACCUAUGGACGGCUACCACCUCUCCCGUGCCCAGCUGGACGCCCUUCCCGAUCCCGUGACCGCACAUGCUCGCCGAGGCGCUGCAUUCACGUUCGACGGCGACUCAUUCCUAACGCUCGUGAAGAAGCUACGUGAGCCUCUGUGUCCCGAGACGUCGACCUUGUACGCGCCUAGCUUCGAUCACGCCGUGAAGGAUCCCGUCCAAGACGACAUUGCAAUACAGUCGAGUGUGCGAAUCGUAAUUUUCGAGGGGAAUUAUUUGAGUCUAGACAAGAGUCCGUGGAAGGAAGCUAGCGAGUUGAUGGAUGAGCUGUGGUUUGUUGAUGUGGAUUUCGACGUGGCGAGAGAUCGCCUCGUCCACAGACAUGUUAAGGCAGGCAUAGCGAAGGACAAGGAGGAGGCGGGCAAGCGUGCAGAUGAGAACGAUCUCGUGAAUGGAAAGGAGAUUGUUGAGGGGCGGUUGAAGGUUGAUGAGAUGGUCAAGAGUAUAGAGGAUAGUGAAUGGGCUCCGGAAAAGCAGGAGACUGGGAAUGGCAAGGAUAGAGGCACCGAGAGACAGAUGGCAGCAUACAUAUGACCUGAGUAAGCAAAGCCAUUGAAUCUUUGCUUUUGGCUUGCUUUUGGGGCCCAAAUUUUUCGGGUGAACUAUGGAUUUGGUCCCUGAAGGUAUCAUGAUGAAGUUUUAGACAUAUUGUUGGGGAACAGCUCACUAGAAGCUUCAAUCUACUUUGUAAAUACUCCCAAAAUCUGCGUUGGGCAUUGUGCAAUAUGAAC